AUGUCUUCAAAUAAGCGUCGUAAACUCGAUACCCCAACUGCUCCUUCAUCAGCAGUAAGCGCUAUAAGCGCUCUUGCAGCUCGCCGUCGUAUGAUCGCCAGCACACCCGCCAAAGAGCCCAGCUCCUCUCCCGAGCCUGAAGAACGACCAUCAGCCAGGACAAAUUCCUUCAAUGUCUUGCAGAAACUGAAAAGUCAGAGUGAACCACCCAAGCCGCCGCCUAAAAGAAACGGGCCAAAAGGUACACGUGGCGAACCAAGGGCCACGGCACAGGGCAGUAAACUCGGCGAUUCAUCUUUACAAGAGACGACAACUACAAUUGCUCGAACCGCAUUCUCAUCUUUCUUACUAAGUAAAAGUAAUUGCCGUUCGACUCCACAGGGUACUAUUGCGUUGAAACUAAGAGACAGCGAGAGAUUUAUUGUCAUUGGAAGCUUCGGAAUUAAGGUUAUAGCUGGCGAGGUAACUGUUUUUGGGGCGACUCUUCGACCAUCAGAUUCCAUACACUGGAUCCACGCGCCUCAUUGUCACGCGAUUCCCGUUCUCAGGACCUCGGAAAAGGUCAGCCUCGAGCUUCACAAUGACCCAAACGCCGACUCUUUACGGCGACUGAGUCGUUUAUCUCCUCUGUUCAAAGGCAUAUGGAGCGAGUCAAAAGAUGGAUCUACAGAGACAAGCCUAGGAAGGGGGCGCACGUUCCAGAUUGUAUGCAGCUCCGAUGACGCUCCUAAGAAGUGUGUUAUACAAGAGCUCUCAUCCCCUCCAGCAUGGAACAAAAAGCUAGCCGAUCUGGUGUCAGUAGCCAAAGGCAGUCCUUUCACGACCCUCGUAUGUGGUCCUAAAUCUGCGGGAAAGUCGACCUUCUCCAAAAUGCUUAUAAAUCGCAUCUUGACGAGCGAUGCAUCUACGGCUACGCGAACGGGUGUCGCCGUUCUGGAUCUGGAUCCUGGCCAACCUGAAUUUGCGCCUUGCGGAACAGUAUCUUUGGUCCAAGUGAUCCGGCCCAACUUGAGUGCUGCCUUUACACAUCCAGAUCUCGAAGAUGACUCCUACAAAGUCAUUCGAUGCCAUGCUUUGGCGUCCAUAACACCAGCCGCAGCUCCGGAUCACUACCUAGAAUGCGUGCUGGACCUUCUUGACAGCUACCGAAGACAACUCCGUAACUGCCAUCUUCUCAUCAACACUCCGGGCUGGAUCCUGGGCACUGGUCAAGAUUUGUUGGUUGAGAUCAUCACUCGGGUCAAUCCGCCUGAGGUCAUUUACAUGUCUGAAGAUGGCCCUGCGGAUGUUGUCGAAGUUCUGCGCGGCGCAACAAAGAAGACCUUUACUACGCUUCCCUCACAGCCAUCUGAAUUCGCUUCUCGAACCGCCGCUCACCUACGAGCCAUGCAAGCCAUGUCCUAUUUCCACUUGCAAGGCCAGGGCAGCCCGAGUUCUGGGCAGCGGUCAAGCUGGAAUUCAUCGCCAUUGACAUCUAUUCCGCCUUGGCAAGUCCGGUACACGGGCCCAGAGCGAGGAGUCUUUGGCAUUUUACUAUACGACUACCAGGCUCCGUCUGAGCUGCUUUCGGAAGCCAUCAAUGGAAUGAUCCUUGCAGCAGUUGACAUUGAAGACCCUAAAGCAUUCCGCAAUCUCGCUGAUACAGCUCAGUCGCCAACAGAUGGCAUGGAUAAAGAUUGCUACUCUGCUAUAAACAGCGUCAUCUCAAACACGGCUGAAGGACUGCCAUACAUCUCAAAUACCAACGACAUCACGCUCGAUCCUCGCUUCUCUCAAACCGUCGGUCUCGUUCUCGUCCGCGGCAUCGACGUCGCUACCAAAACGCUCCACAUUCUCACUCCCAUCCCACCCCAGAGAAUAGAGCAGAUUCGACUGCAGGGCCGACAAAUCGUGCUGGUACACGGGAAAUUCGAUGCACCUACCUGGGCUUACACAGAGGACUCUUACGAGCGCACCCGGCAAGAGGACACUAAUGCUGACAAGCCCCUCGAGAUCACAAACGAAGACACGAGCGAAGACGAGGACGAAGAUGACGUUGGUGAUGACGAUGGAGAAGACGCCACAAUGGGCGAUAUGCCGCUGGGUCAAAAUGCCGGCACUUCAACCGCCCUGCCGUGGGUAGAGGUUUUACGGGGAAAUCAGAAGCGGCCAGUUGGGUCUCGUGUGUGGAGAGUGCGGAGAGACCUAGGCCGCAAUACCGGUGGUGACUGA